GGCUGGCUGGCUGGCUGGCAGGCUGGCUAGUAUCUGGCGGUGUGGUGUGUGCGGUUGGACUGUGGUUGUGUUUCAGGUUUGGUCGUGUUGAUAACGACACAUUUCAGACGCAAUUUCACCGCGGAGAGAUGGGAAUUCAGAAGAAAUGGCUCUAAAACAAAUUGCCCCAACGCUGCUGGCCCUGCUCGGCUUGGCGGCAGUCGGUAAUGCAUUACGUUGUAACUGCACAAACUGUGAGAAGACCGGCUAUGAAUGCGAGACAGAUGGCGCCUGCAUGGCCUCAACUUACUACAUCCAGGGGAAAGAGCAACAUGUACGCAUCUGUAUCAACCAGGACAACCUGGUGCCCCCUGGUCAGCCCUUUUACUGUCUGAGUGCUGAAGGCCUCCUCAACACUCAUUGCUGCUAUGUAGAUUACUGCAACAGUAUUGACCUGAAAGUCCCAGUCCCUACAAAGGGAGGGGAAUGGUCAGGCCCAGGAAGCACCUGGGGGCCAGUGGAGCUGGUGGCGGUUAUUGCAGGACCCGUGUUCCUGCUCUGUGUGUUGCUGAUGGUUGGCGUGUUCCUGUUCCAAUAUCACCAGAGGGCCUACAGCCAUAGACAAAGGCUGGAAGUAGAGGAUCCAUCAUGUGACCAUCUGUACUUGGCCAAGGACAAGACCCUGCAGGACCUCAUCUAUGAUAUGUCCACCUCAGGAUCAGGCUCUGGUUUACCUCUGUUUGUGCAGCGGACAGUGGCCAGGACCAUCGUGCUGCAGGAGAUAAUAGGAAAGGGUCGUUUUGGAGAGGUGUGGCGAGGGAAGUGGAGAGGAGGAGACGUGGCAGUAAAGAUCUUCUCAUCCAGGGAGGAGCGUUCGUGGUUCCGAGAGGCUGAAAUCUACCAGACAAUCAUGCUACGUCAUGAAAACAUCUUAGGGUUCAUUGCAGCAGACAAUAAAGACAAUGGCACAUGGACUCAGCUCUGGCUGGUGUCAGACUAUCAUGAACACGGGUCUCUCUUUGACUACCUGAACCGCCACUCUGUCACCAUCGAGGGCAUGAUCAAACUGGCACUGUCAGCUGCCAGCGGCCUUGCACACCUACACAUGGAGAUCCUCGGCACUCAGGGUAAGCCUGGCAUUGCUCAUCGCGACCUCAAGUCUAAAAAUAUCCUGGUUAAGAAGAAUGGCAUGUGUGCCAUAGCUGACCUCGGCCUGGCAGUCCGCCAUGAAUCCAUCACAGACACAAUCGAUAUAGCACCGAACCAGCGCGUGGGCACUAAGAGAUAUAUGGCUCCAGAAGUCCUGGAUGAAACCAUCAACAUGAAACACUUUGAUUCUUUUAAGUGUGCUGACAUUUAUGCGCUGGGCCUGGUGUACUGGGAGAUUGCGCGUCGCUGCAAUGCAGGAGGUAUCCAUGAAGAGUACCAGCUGCCCUACUACGACCUCGUACCCUCUGACCCCUCCAUAGAGGAGAUGAGGAAGGUGGUGUGUGACCAGAAACUGAGGCCCAAUGUGCCCAACUGGUGGCAGAGCUACGAGUCGCUGCGUGUGAUGGGGAAGAUCAUGAGGGAGUGCUGGUACGCCAACGGAGCGGCCAGACUGACGGCUCUGCGCAUCAAGAAAACUCUGUCUCAGCUCAGUGUGGAGGAGGACGUGAAGAUGUGAGCGGCCAGGCGGCGGAAAGACGCGCUGGAGACGCACAACCAGACCACACUCCCAUAGGAAACAAACACUAAAGACAGACUGCAAAUGAAAAACCCUGCCAGUUUUAAAGCCACACUCCAAGUUGUGACAAGGCCUACCUCACCUUUUUAGCCAAAACUACUGAGAAUCACCCCCCCGCCGACUCUCCUCUCCCCCGCCUCCCUUUGUUCCUCACGUGUGUCCCACCCUGUUCCCCUUCGACCCCCUUCUCCACAGGCCACUACACUACAGCACUACCACUGUUAAUAUCAUCGCACUCAGUCCUUUUUCAUUCUCAUUUCUCAUGGCAGGAAUUAUUGCUAUUGUACAGUGACAGGAUUUCUUUUUUGUUUGAUCUUUUUACCUCUCAGAAAUUGUCCAGCGAUGGACUAAUCGCGUCCAGAAGGGUCGAGCAUGUUGUGGGUUUUCCGUUUUAAGAACGACAAACAUCACAUUCUGUCGCUGUAAGUGUGUGAGUCGGGGAGGGGGAAGAGGCUGAAGCACUGUUUCUAGUCGUGUGUGUAAAAGUUGUCUGGACUACUAGCAUGUUUCUAAGACACUACGAUGUCUUCUGGUAUCGGCUGUAGUUCGUUAGGCAUAAUCAGUUAUUGGACAUUUGGUUAAUCAAGCAUGAACAGCCAGAUUGUGCUUUUUAAUCCCUCACUUGAAUUUCCUCCAAACAGAAAUUAGUUGCACUCAACUGUAGCUUCCUCAUCGCGCGUGAGACCCGCAGGUAUCACACAGCAGAUGCGGUCCAGUCCUGGUGUUAGUCUGAAACAUGGCAGGGAUAAUGUUUGGGAUGGUUUUAUUUUUUUGUUUUUAUUUAUUUGUUCAUAGUUUUUAUUUCAUGUUGAUGAACACUGUGAGAUGAGAUGUGACAAACCAGUCGUGAUAUGAACAUUAAUGUCAUAGUUCAGUCAGAGUCUUCACUAUCAGAUGUUAGAUUAAAGGGUUAUUGCAUUCAUUUAGUGAGAUGAGAUUUGAAUGUAGCCGUAACCCUGUUGGUGACAGGCGAUGACAUCGUGCACACUGAGCUAAUAAGAGGAGUAUGAAAUGGCAAUGAAAAUUACCAUUUUUGUUAUUUUUGAAUAUAUUUUUUGUGUUUUGUGUAAAGACAUCAUGAUGGGUGUUUUCUUCUGACGUUGACAUUAGACACUACUGAUGAUGGGUACAUAUGAUUUGUAAAUAAAACAUGCAUUUUUUUUCCUUUUAUGCCACAAGCACCAGUGUGACAUUUGAACAGCGAUUUUAAUUGGAUGGUACUUUCAGAAGUCUGUCGUUUGAUCCGUCUGCAUGGUUUCUAACUGUGCCAGGAAAUAGACUGUGUUAUCUGCUGGAAUUUGUUUUUCAGUUGCUCCUCGCUCUUGGCAAUUUGGUGGUACUACUGAUCCCUGAUCAUUUUUGCUGCAACUUCUGUUUUUUUUUUUUUUUUUAAAUAUGAAUAUAUGUAUGUAAUUGUUGGAAUUGCUUGUUGAGCUCUUUUGGAGCUCAGUAACGCAGAUCUGUUUCUACAUAUGUCCUCUGGGGGUGACGUCUCUUUUUCUCACCGACACUGGAAUCCUGAGGAGCAUCAUGGAAACUUUAAAUCCUGAUACUGCCACUGGCUAUUUAUUCAGAAAUACAGACGACUGCUGACAGUUCACAUACAGGGAACAUACGGUUAGAUGUAAAAUGUAGUCGAGAAGUUUUACCCUCAAGUGAAACUGCAUGUUUUCAUUUUACAUCUGCAGCUUUGAGACUAUGAAAGUGUUACACUGACAUUUGUCACCAUCAGGCUCUGCACUGUUAUGUCCACAAGGGCGUUAGUUAACGUUAGUUAAGCCAUCUCUUGAUCCAGAAUCCAUGUGUCAUGUUUCGUAUCCAUUUUGCAUGCUGUCAAACACUGGGUCCUCUGCACUGAGGUAGAUGAACUUAAGACAUGUAUUUCCCACCUCCGUGUUGUUUUUUUUUCCCCCUUUUUAUUUGCGUCGUUGGCUAUGUACCCCAGAAAUGUUGCUGCUACUGUUAACAUGGGUAGUAGUUCAGCAGGCAGAGCGUAGCGGACAAGAGAGCCGGGAGGGGAAAUGGGAGAAUGCUGUCAGUUGAACCAAAAUUGUCAAAACACUCCUGUCCAUGUUUGGUUUGUUGCCAUGGGUAUAUGACCAUCAGACAUCCUGUUCAUAGGUAAUACUUCAAGAUUUCAAAAUAAUAUUGUGCAAAUCUUUUCAGAAUUAGUUCAAAAGUGUACAUAGAUGAUAUACAAUAAAUUCCUCUUUUUCUUA